CGUGUCAACUGUUUACCAUCUACUAACAGACACAGCGGACGGAGACACAUGCAGUGGUCAAAACCAUGGAGCCACUUCUUCUCCUUGCCAUCUGCUUUGUGGUCGCAAUGGCAGUGGUGAUUUCUUUGGUGAAAAGCAGAUCUAAUAGAACUCCAUCAAAUGUGACUUCAGUCCAAGUACCUGGACUUCAUCCAGCUAAAGGGAAUGGCGAUCAGGGCAAUUUGGUGGACGUUGCCACUGCGGGCAGUUUGCACCAGUUUCUGAUGGUGUUACACAAACAAUAUGGACCAAUCGCUGGAUUCUGGUGGGGCAAGCAGCACGUCGUCAGUGUAGCAUCACCCACCAUCUUCAAGAAUCUGGUCCAAGUCUUUGGCAGACCACCGGAGCUGUUUAAGUUGUUUGAACCACUGAUCACGGCAGACAGUAUCCAGUUCGCUAACUACGAAGAGGGGAGAAGACGACGUCGUGUCUACGAUAAGGCAUUCAGUCACGCAGCCAUUAGCCAGUAUUACAGCUCAUUCCAGAAGGUGGCUGAGGAGGUAUCCUUGAAGUGGGAUGCGUCCAGUAACACUGAUGACCAAAUUCCACUUCAGAAGCACAUGAUAGACCUGGCAAUCAAAGCCAUUGCCCUGACGGCUUUUGGAGAAUGCUUUAAAGACAGUGAAAACAUUAACCGUCUACAGAAUAGCUAUGACCUGGUUUGGGAGGUGAUGGAGGUGUCUCUUACAGUGGGUUUCCCUGAGCCAGGAACUGACAGGUACAAAAGGUUUCAGACAGGGAAAUCUACAAUAUACAGAAUUGUUGAGGAGGUAAUUCAGCAUAAGCAGUUGGAGAGGGCAAGGGAUGACAAGGUUCUGUUCAUAGACUACCUCAUGUCCCUGGACUCGCCCAUCAACCUGGAUCGUGUCUUUGCCGACGGCCUCAGCUAUAUGAUUGGUGGGUUCCACACCACAGGAAACAUGCUGACUUGGGCUCUGUACUUCCUGGCCUGUGACCAAGAUGCUCAGGAAAAGCUGGCCACAGAAAUACAGACUGUGCUGGGUGGAGAUAAUGUUAACCCUACAAACAUCAACAAUCUGACAUACCUUCGCCAAGUUCAAGAGGAGACACUGAGGUGCUCAGUUCUGGCUCCCUGGGCUGCUAAGUUCCUUGAUGAUGACGUGGAGCUGGGGGGAUACCUCAUACAGAAAAGGACCCCAAUAAUAACUGCCCUGGGAGUCAUGUUACAAGAUGAGAAGUACUGGCCAGACCCUACAAGAUUUGAUCCGGAGAGAUUCAGCGCAGAAAACAUGAAGAAGCGGCAAGGUCAUGUGUUUUCUCCGUUUGGUCUGGCGGGGAAGAGGAUUUGCCCCGGUUACAGAUUUGCUUACGUGGAGACUGCCGUUGUCCUGGCAACGCUAGUUGGGAGGUUCCGCUUCAAGCUGGUUGAAGAUCAGGACAUAAAGCCUGUCUUUGGACUUGUGACUCAUGUCAGUGAGGAGGUGUGGAUUAAAGUUGCUAAGCGAUGAGGUGGCAAUGAUUGACAGCUGAACUUGAUACAGGUAUAUAUCCAUGUAUCUGACUUGAAAAAAGUACUAUAUAUUCUGUUUAAAAGAUAAAUGAAACAAUAAAAAUGGUGAUGGUAAAUGUUGAGUGUGUGAACUAAUAAUAAAGAAAAGAAAAAGUUUACUUAUUUACGGGGAAUAUUAAUUAGAAUGCUUGUUGAUACAUAUUUUCUGUCAGAAUUAUUUUUAUAAGUGAUGCAAAUCAGGCGACUAUCACAGGUCUACAAUUAUAUACAUGUAUACACUGCUGAAACCUGUCUCCACAAUCUGAUUUCUUGUAUUGGUUUAUCGAAUUCUAACUAGAAGAACAUUAUUUUAUACAAGCAUAAAGCAAAAUUAUGUUUCACGAACCCUUUAAGUCAUAAGUUUGUCCUGUUGGGUAACCAGCUGAAAACAGAGCAAACUGUGUUUUAAAAGCUGGAUUCACAGGCCAUGAUUUGUUCAUAUUUACAAAUCAUAAUAGUUUUCUUCUGGUUUUAAUUUGACAAUUCAGCCAAUACAGCAAGUCAGACAGCUUAACUGUUUUAUACAUGUUGCUUAAAAGUGUAAAUAUAAUAAAGUAAUCAAGUAUUUUCUUAGAGGUUUGGGGAAAGGCCGUGAUUUACAGACUAUUUUCUAAAUGUUAAUAUUUGUCCACUUUGUAUUAACAUGUUUUUGAAUCAUAAUUGUCAACUUCAAAUCGUCCAUUCAUUUAACACAGGGCCUUCAUGCACACUGACAUGAACUUUGUGCAAGAUAUAGCAGCUGUCGCAAAUAUGCCUUGGUUUCUGUUUCCACGUCCUCGUAAAUGUUCAAUCAUUAUAAGUUGAUUUAUAAUUACUAAGCAGGUCAGACAAAAAUUUCUCUGGCCGCUUAGGUUUGUUUCUACCCUUAACCUUUCAGGUUAGGUUAUUUGCAAUCUUUUCUUUCAAAGUCAAAUCACUUAUGUACAUGUGCGCAGUCUAUGCAGGUGAAAAACAAACGCAAAUGAGUUAAUGUCUUGAACAGCUGAGUUUCAUUCUUGGUAAAGUCAAUUUUUAUGAAAAACAAGUUUACGAUAAAUAAAAACUAAUUAAAUUCUGUUUGUGAAAUAAUGUUUUGAAAAACUGUGUACAUUCUUACACAGAAAGUUCUGUUUCCAUAAAAUGGUGAUAUAUUUUCUGCUUUUACACAUUUUAUGAAGUGCUAAUUCCUUACAUGAAAUGAUUUAUGAAACUGUCAGUUUGUAACAAAUAGUGCUUCCUUUUUUUUAAACACCACAGAAAAAUGCCUUAUUUUGAGCCAAUAUAAUUGAGAAUAGUUUCAGAGGAUAAUUCGUGACAUAAAAUAAAAUUUUGUCAAACUGUGUCAGUUUGUAACAUUUUGUGCCAUAAUAAACAUUAUGAUAAUAUAAUUAUAAUAUACAUUAUACCUGAUGACAGAUUGUGCCAAUUCCGUUCAUGUUUGGCAGUUUCUGACGACAUCAUCGUAGUUAUUUUUGUACCACAGAAAAAUGCUGUAUUUAUGUUACUUUACAGUCCAAAAAAUGAUUUCACACAAAAAUGAAAAAUUUCGUUCCAGUAUAGAUUUGAUCAAGUGCUAAUUCCACAUGUGAAACCAUAUUUUGUGAAACUGUGUGAGUUCGUAAAAAAUGGGGCUACUUUUUUUUUGUACCAGAUAAAUGUUUAUGUUUACCUCACUUAUUUUCGAGUGCUAAUUAUAAUUCCCGACAAUAUUACCGAUCAUUACACUUUUUAUUAAGUAUAUACGUGGAUGUACUUAAAAGUAGGGCAGAUGGUUUUUAAGUAGAAAAUAAUAUUACGUGAACCUGUGGUCAUGUGGAUGUAUACUCCAGAAUAUAGAUGUGUUAUGUGUAACAGCGAAGUUUUAACAUAUGCAAUUAAUAAAAUGUUAGUAUACAAAGCUUGCAGUUUAUUAACCAAGAUGUUGUGAAGCUCUCAACAAAGCUACACGAACUUCUGACAACGUAAGAGUCCCUAGAGUGCAUGUACAUGUGAUGUGCCUCCUUGUUGCAGGACAGAUUUCCACCGCUCUUGUACCUAAUGCUGCUUCACUGAGACGACUUACCAAACACAAGUAAGCCACCCGCCCAAGCCAUUAUACUCAUACUGGUCAACCAGUCGUUGCAAUUUCCUGUCUUAAGGUCUUAGGUGUGACCCUACCCAGGAUUGACCCUGGAUCUACCGCCCCCAAAGCGAAUGCUCUACCAUCAGGGCCGGUCUUCAGAAAUAGAGCGAAUCUUCUGAUGCUGUUGAAGAAGAAUAAUGCAAAAUAAUGAACAUAUAUUUGAAGUACUGUACUGAUUGCUCAAACAUAAAACACAUGUAUGUGUAGUUUCUCACGCGACUCAGGACGGUUUUGCUACAACAGCUUGGCAUAUCAGAAAUACAUACAUUACAUGAUA